AUCACUGCAUUGAACAUGCAUGGAUAAAGGAACAAGUGCCUUCAUUUGGAUAGCGGGAGACCUUCCAGGAGUAAAAGGCAGGCCUGCACAUGAUAAAGCAGGAUCACUUUCCUGAGAGAAACUGUAAAAGUAAACCCGUCUGUUUUCAUCACCGUGGCAACAUGUUUCCACAGAAACAAGCUUCAUUAUCACAGUGAAAAGCUGCUGUUACACCUGAGCCUGACAGAGCUGCAGAGGUCUGACUGCACUGUGACCGAGGCACAGGACAAGAUGAUGGACGGCUUCAGCCCGGCUUCAGCCCGCUGUGGUCCUCGCUGCCAACAUAAACCUCAGCGCUUCAGACCGAGACCCAUGCAUCAGAGCACCCUGAGCCUGGGCGACACGCCGCCCUGCUACACCACCACCCACACCCAGAGUUAUUCCGGCAGGUCGGCCGAUGGACGUCCUCUCGUCUUCCGCCUCAGAGACCCCAGCUUCCCCUCCCAGCACCGGAGCCAGCUGGAUCUCCGUGACAACACCAUGCCGCCGCAGAGUGUGCUGCAGUCACACAGCAAAGAGGUGUACGCACCCCAGCACGUGACUCCGAGAGUCGACCCAAAGUUGGAAAACUGGGUUCGGUAUAACAGCAGCCGAGCCAUCAGAGAGCUCAUCAGCCAUCAUCAGCAUCAUCCACCCGAGUGCCGGAGCACCUACAGGAUGGAGCACCCGACCCCGGAGUUCAACAGCUCGUCACUGCAGGCCAGCGGCAGACAGACACAGCGGCACCAACACGACAUCCUGACAGAUGUUGGGAAGUCAGUAACAUACAACACUAAGGUGAACCGAAGCAGGUGUUUGAGCCAGGGAAGUCCAGCAGACGGUCCAGAGAUCAGCAGCUGUGGGCGACCAGACGCUGGGAGAUGGACUGUACUGCGUUCAGACUCUACUGACAGGAAGUAAUGCCACAGGAAACCUCCAUUAAAUGUACAAACCCUGUCAGGACUCUUCUGUGGUCUGCAGAUGCUUCUCAGAAUGGAACGACAUUUCUCCUCCAGGACUCAGUGAAUAUAAACAAUAAGUAAACUUUAACUGAAGGGGCUCAGAUGGGCAGGAAAACACAGAAAUACUAAAAUCCAAAGUCCACAAGAGGCUCCAGCAGGGAGUCGGCCGCCAACUUUACAGCAUAAAUAAACACGUUUACAGCCGGACAGGUGAGACACAGGUGGCUGUAGCUGCUAGCAUUUUCAUAGCAUCAUCUGACCAAUAAUAUGGCUGCUGUGAGGUACUAACAGACGGUCCAAGAAAUAUUGGUGAAAUUCUGGGUGUUACUAAUCAGCAGGUACGCGUCUGUGUGAUACAACCAUACAGUGUGUGGUGAUUGCUAAGUUAUCAGCUAAUGCUAUCACCCUCUCAUCCAAAUAUCACUACUGGACCCAGAA